UGCCGGUUCCCGAGGACCCGGUAUAAAGCGGCCGCCGCUGCCCGGUGCUGCCGCGCUCGCGCCGCCGUCAGUGACCUCGUCCCUUCCCUCCUUCCCUCCCUCAUCCCCCCCGCCCUCCCCGGCGCUGCCGCCUCCCCCCUCCGCCGCACGGAGCAGGUCCCGGGUGCUGGGGGAGACCCGGGGGCAGAUUAAUCAGCCACUCGAUGGGGAUUAACAGUGGAGCACCUCUUUGUGUCGCCUUUCCACCUCUCUGUAGCACGAAUAACAACUUCAGCACUUCUUCAAUAAUAAUUAUGAAACUGGUAUUAACUGAAUGGCAAUUAUGGAUUUUUAACUCUAACUCACAGUAAACCAGCAAGCCAUAUGUUGAAAUCCCUACCAAAUAGCUUUUCAUUCUUAAUGUCUCGUAUCUGUACAAGAAGUUGCAAGAUACCAGUUUGUACAAGAGGAAUAUAAGCAUUACUUGCCUGAGGAACAGAAGCUGAAAGAGAAGACACCCUAACUUGUUCUUGGAGUUAUGGUAGUAUUAUUUAUAYAAAUAUAACAAAAUAUAUAUAUUUUUAUGGUAAUGAAAAUGGCUCCUCAGAAUGCUGACUCGGAAUCUAUGCAAGUUCAAGAUCUACCUGUGGCACAGCUGCAGAAACCAGAAAACAAGGAGAAUGAAAGUAGGGAGGAGACCAUUAGUGAAGGAUCCAUAGACCGGAUACCGAUACGCCUGUGGGUGAUGCAUGGUGCAGUUAUGUUUGGCAGGGAGUUCUGUUAUGCCAUGGAGACAGCUUUGGUAACACCUGUAUUGUUACAAAUUGGUCUUCCUGAACAAUACUACAGCCUCACUUGGUUCCUCAGCCCCAUCCUGGGCUUGAUCUUCACUCCGCUCAUAGGUUCGGCCAGUGACCGCUGCACGCUGAGCUGGGGCCGCCGGCGGCCCUUCAUCCUUGCUCUCUGCAUYGGUGUCCUCUUUGGAGUUGCACUUUUCCUUAAUGGCUCUGUGAUAGGUCUGGCUAUUGGUGAUGUCCCAGACAAGCAGCCCAUUGGAAUAGUUCUCACGGUGCUYGGGGUUGUGGUGUUGGAUUUCUGCGCCGAUGCAACCGAAGGGCCAAUUCGGGCCUACCUGUUGGAUGUGGUGGACAGUGAAGAACAAGACAUGGCCCUGAACAUCCACGCAUUUUCAGCUGGUCUUGGAGGAGCAAUUGGUUAUAUGUUAGGAGGGCUGGACUGGACACAGACCUUCUUGGGUAGCAUUUUUAAAUCUCAAGAGCAAGUCCUUUUCUUCUUUGCAGCCAUUAUUUUCUCUGUCUCCGUUGCUCUCCACCUUUUUAGCAUUGAAGAAGAGCAAUAUAACCCUCAGCAGGACAGGAUUGAUGACGAAGGAGACACACUUUCCAGUGCCAAAUUCAGUGGCAGUCUCCCCCCUCUGAAUCGACUGAAUGUAAUUAGUGAGGAAGAGCCCUAUGGAGCUUCCAUGUUCCAUGAUGAGGUUCAGUCAGAGAAUGACCUCAGUAUGGAGUUCCUUGAGGUGAACAUACAGAGAAGCAAGAGUGACUCAGUUCUACACAUGCCAGAUGCCACAYUGGAAAUUGAAUCGGAGCUGCUUUUCCUGCAUGACAUCGAGCCCUCCAUUUUUCAGGAUGCUUCAUAUCCAAACACUCCCCACAACACGAGCCAGGAGAUCAUGAAGUCCAAACUCAACCACCUGUCCGCUUUCCUCAGGGAAAAUGAGAAGGAGGAGGACAUGUUGCUUGAUAAUCGUUUAAAUGAAGAUAAAGUCCCAAACAUCAACGGCUCCCUACCAAAAGAGUUCCUCAACGGACACGCCAGAAUAGGCAUGAAGCAAUCCAGCACUUCCAACUCCAUGCGGAGGCGGAGGCACAUGUUCUACCGGCAGCCAUCGUACACCUUCUCGUACUACGGCAAGAUYGGCUCGCACCGCUACCGCUUCCGCCGGGCCAACGCCAUCGUCCUGAUCAAAUCCUCGCGCAGCAUGAACGACAUCUAYGACAUGCAGAAACGACAACGGCAGCGCUGCAGGCACCGCAACCAGAGCGGCACCACCAACUCCAGCGGGGACACGGAGAGCGAAGAGGGCGAGACCGAAACCACCGUCAGACUCUUGUGGUUGUCCAUGCUAAAGAUGCCCAAGGAGCUGCUGAGGUUGUGUGUCUGUCACCUCCUGACUUGGUUUUCCAUCAUUGCUGAAGCUGUGUUCUAUACGGAUUUCAUGGGACAAGUCAUCUUCCAGGGCGAUCCAAAGGCCCCUUCAAACUCGACUGAGCUGCACGCCUACAAUGCUGGAGUUCAGAUGGGAUGCUGGGGGCUGGUGAUUUAUGCUGCUACUGCUGCCGUUUGUUCAGCCUUGUUGCAGAAAUACUUGGACAACUACGACCUUAGCAUAAAAGUGAUCUACAUCCUGGGCACGUUGGGUUUUUCCCUUGGCACUGCAGUGAUGGCCAUGUUCCCYAACGUGUACGUCACCAUGAUAAUGAUCAGCACGAUGGGAAUAGUCUCUAUGAGCAUCUCCUACUGCCCCUACGCACUUUUGGGACAAUACCAUGAGAUUAAACAGUACAUUCACCACAGCCCUGGGAACUCGAAGCGGGGAUUCGGCAUCGACUGCGCCAUCCUGUCGUGUCAGGUUUACAUCUCCCAGAUCCUCGUGGCCUCCGCGCUCGGCGGCGUGGUGGACCUGGUGGGCACGGUCAGAGUCAUCCCCAUGGUGGCUUCGGUCGGAUCCUUCCUGGGUUUUUUGACAGCGACUUUCUUGGUGAUUUACCCCGAAGUCAACGAAGAGCCAAAGGAAGAGCAGAAGGGACUGGGUCCUCCAGAGACGGCCGAGGGCAGCGGUGCAGGCAUGGAGAAGCCGACGGUGCUGAAGCUGACGCGCAAAGGAGCCGCGGCGGCGGAGCCGGAGGGCGAAUCAGCCGUGUGAGGCCGCUGCUGCUCGUUCACCCACAUUCCAAGGAGUGCAGGUGCAGGAUCAAGAACUUUUGUUGCGGGGUUUUAUUUUCCAGGAAAGCAAAUUAGGACCUUCACUACUUGUAGCUAAAAUUUGCAGAAGAAAAGGCAGUUUCAUGCAAAAAUGUAAAUUAAAUUCUGUAGUCCUUCCUCUAGGUUUGAGCAGGUCGCUCUGAUGCUAAUUGCUUUCUCUACAACUUAGAAACGUCAUUUCUGAACACUUUUUUAUUAAAAAUACAUUUAGAUUUCAAGUAAGUUUUAUUAAUCUGCAUGAGACUCACAGUGUAUACAAUUAGCAGUUAGAAAAAUUAAGUUUUCGGCUGUUUUUAAACUAAUGGAAAAUGGAAGCUAUCUUGACCUAUAGUCUCUUGCCAUUUUUUUGUCUGAACAUUUCAGAUUUCAUUAGCGGAAUAACUGAAUCAAAUGCUUAGACAUUGAUUUUUUUUUUCAUGAGCAUGAUAUUACUGGUCUGACAGCUACGUUAAUUUAGACUUCAUGUUUUUGUUAGUGCAAUUACUACAGAAUCCUUUUAUUUGCAAUUAUUUUCAAGAAAAAAAAAAGCAAUUACUGCGGUUUCUAAGAAACUGCCAUGAAUUCUUUUAGUCAUACUAUUCACAACCACUCCCAGAUCUGCUGCUCGCCAGGAGAGGGUGACACUGGGUGCUGGAUGCAGAUGGAAGGAGCAGCAGCUGGGAGAGGUGACCAGCACUCACAGGUUUUUUUAUCACAAGUGCUGCAUCUUAUGAAUGUCGUUGGAAUACGCUGUGACAAUUUUUAGCUGAGAGUUUCACAUGCUGGUGAACUCGGGGGUUUUCUUGGCAUUUAAACCUGAUCAUCUCUGGAUGAAGCUGCUGUGGAGAAAGGGCAUCUCUGGGGUCAGCUUCGUGGGAGGGGGUAUGCAGAUUCUCUUCCGUAGGGAAAGGAAGUCAUUGAUUAAUUGCACUUUUUAUGAUCCUUUAACCUCCUGGCUGGGAACGCAGCAGCCGAGGUAAAGGCACGGGGUCAGUACAACAAGGAGAACCCAAGGCCUACCUCUGUCACUUUAUGGCAUAGUCUGGGUGUAUAAAAAUCCGUGUCAGAUACAGUUUUUAGGCCUUAAAAUUCAAAUGUUGCUGUUCCAGUCCCUGUGUUGGAGGAACUGUAGGCUGGAGCUCUUCCGAGCUGCCAUACCAAUGUUGUCAACACAUCCUCCAUGUCCCCUUUUGUGAUUCAGGACACAGCUGCAGUGCAAAKAUAUUUUUCUGGAAAGAGCUUGAAAGAGUUGUGCUAACUUGAUUUAAAAUAGCUUUGGAUUAUUAUCCAGCAGCCAUUUGAAGCAACUUUUGAAACCAAACUCCCGUUUGUCAUUUGUAAGUAGUGUUUGUGAUGCUGUUGAAUCRUUUUGGCUUGGGCCCCCCAGGCUGCUGUCGAUCCGUGUGCUGGACAGGCAAACACAGCGCUGUGUGAGAUUCCUGCUGCCUCAAACUCCUCCUCCUCCUCCAAGACUUGCAAAUGCCUGUGUCAAUCAUGCUGCAAUCCAGGCAUUCAGACAAAGAAGCUAUAUUUCAAAAUGAAAAGUAGUUUUUAAUUAAUUACUUGAAUCCUCAAUGUAUUUGAAAAAUGGAUGUUUGGAUGUAUUUGAAGGUGGCAUUCGUGGGUUCCAUGAAGGUUUCCAGUCAAUGCCUGUGGCCUCUGCAGUCAAGGGUGACGAUGUUUUUAGGCUGGUGACAUCACAGAGCACUGAAGUACAUGUAAUCACACAGGACUUAGGGGUUGUAUUUGUUUUUCCAAGUGUCUUGAGGAAGGGUUUUUUUUUCUUUGGUGAAUAUUUUUUUAUUUAGAACAUGUACUGUGAACUGUGUUCAGCCAGGGGAGUGAUACUACUGAAGAGUGUGAGACCGUACUGAAGAAGGYAGUUGUGAGAAAUUCUUUAACUGAAAUUCUGCCAUGAAUUUAUACAUCUCAGUUACAUUAAAUGUGAUGUUCUAGUGUAAGAUUCUAGUGAUGUUCACGUGUAAGAGACAAGUGUUGUGUUUCACCCUAGAACUGGCAUUCAUGUAAGUUACAUGCUGAGUUACACAUUUUAAAGUGGCUUUAAUAUUUUAGUUCGAAGCUCUUUGAAGAUUCUGCUUUUGGUUAAAUAACUGUCAAGUACUCCUUAUUUUAAUCUCUACUGCUGGAAAGACUCUUCAACAGUUUAAAAACCUGCAUCUUCUGACCAGUGCCAGCCUCACUCUUUUCCCAAGGGUUCCAUGGACCAGCAUGGAUCAAAUCUUCAUUACUCCACAUUGGACUUUCUAAGCCAAAUUCUCUUUCACUGCACCAUCGUACUGACCAAGUAACUGCAGACAGGGAGGAGAGGCUGAAACUCCCUCUGACUUCAUACCCUACAGAGAGAACUUGAAACCAUUUUGGGGGUGAGCUCACCCAUGUUUAUGGAGCUUUCUCAGCCAGGCAAAGGCAAGGAGGGAGGAAGGACCUUUCAUUUCAAACCCAGAGACUUCAAGUAAAGGCAAGGCAGGGCCAGUUUUGUCACAGACAGCAUUUGGCAUGGCCUCAUUUCUAAGAAUUGGAUGUUAAAAUCCGUGUUUGGAGUUGUUUAUGGGGCUCAUAACGCAGGAAUACGUGCACUGCCAUGGCAGGAAGCUGAUUUCACUCCCUGGUAAAGGCAAAGGAAAUAAUUAUUCAUUGUAAACGCGCUGAAGCAUUUGUAGUGUUGCCAGAAGAAUUAACUUGGGGAGCCCCAGCCAAAGCAUCCCCUGUCCCUGGGCCAGCCUGGGAAACCCCUGCACUGGCUUCACCCGCUGAGGUCUCCCGAGGGUUUUUCCUUGGAUGUGAGAGUUUCCUUUCUAGCCCCAGCACUUCUCAAGGUAGACUKGGUGAUGAUUUCUUUCUUCAUCUGCCCCUUACCUUAUCUUCUGAUACAAUCUUUUUUUUUUUUUUUGCCACGAUUAAAGACAGAGUAGUACAGUUUCAUGUGUUUAUUGCAGAGCUUGUGGAAAGACAAGUUUGAAGUUGCUUUUUUUUUUGUUAUUCCUGGUGACAAGCAGCAUCUUUUUUUUUUGUUUGCAUUACUGUUUAGUUAAACUCAUCCCAUUGAACCAUCAGUGCAGUAGGACCAAGGUUUAGUGGUUCAGUGCUCUGUUGUUCAAUACUAUAAACAAUUUUAACCUGUUCUGCUGUACUGCUGGUGCUCAGACCCUCGAGGGCUGUGGUCAAUCAGCUGCACAUGUCAAGAUGUUUCAUGUGAGAGCACAGAAGCUUUAAUUUCAGCCCUGGGAAGGGUAGAGCUUGGGUUUGGCCCUGUUGGGUUGAUUCAAGGAGUCCAGUGAGAUUGAUGUGCUGUUGAUGGAUGGCAAUUUCAGAYUCCAGAAGCAAUAAUUUCUUAGGAAUGUUUCUCUUCCUGCUGUUUCGAUAACUUUCAUAGAGACUUAUUGCUUGAACAGCUUUUUAAUAAUCUGAAUCUGGUGGUUUGCUGGCACUGGCUGUGAGCAGUUGUGCAAAGAUAGGGAUUGUUCAUCAUCAGGAGAGAGGAAGCCAGUAAGUCCAGUGGAGGUUUGUGCUCCUUGAAACACACAAUAUCCAUCUCUCCUUUCACAUGGAGCCUUUUUCUAGGCUCUGAAAUAUUCCCAACACAUCAGUCUGAAAAGGAGGUUGCUGCAAAUUUGCCCUCCUGGUUUUCUUGCUGAUGCCAGUGCUGGCACUCAGACCCCAGGAUGGAACAGGCUGUGUGAGGUUUUCCUCAGAGGCAAGGACUGAGUCUUUCUUAUCCCACCCCUACCUGAUCUGAGCCCUCCAGCACUUGGAAUGACAGCAGCAACAACGGUGCUUUUUGCCAGGUACCUCACUGAAACCUCAUUUCCAUCGUUAGGAACACAUCCCCUGCCCUCAGUCCAGGGUGAGUUUGGCUUUCUCCAGCAUCCAC